UAUUAUUUCUGAAAAGGGAGGUGCUGAGAUCUCCUUUCCGCCUGAUUGGCUGAACUUGACAGAGAUUGACGUGCAUCCAUGGCAACGAGGCAGCCAAUCUGCCAAGUCCAAUAGGAAAUCAUCGGAGGGGGGCUUGACUGGCUUUUUCUCCCCCUUUAAAAAUACAUCUGAGCUCCGGAUUUAAUUCUUUCCUACCUUCUAUCUCAGACUAUCUUGAAAAAUAGACCACGCCACCAAAGCAGGUUUGAAUUUCCCCUGCAUCUUUCGCCCUUUUUUGCUGGGUCAAGUUUGCCCAGCCCGAGGAUGCGGUAGCCGGCCCCCGCUCAGCAUCGUCCCUCCUCCGCGGCGCUUGCUGUUUGCUGAUUUUCCACGGUUGGCCCAGACGAUUGGUUCGGUAACUUUGGGGAUUGCCUUAUUUUUUUCGGUUGUCUUGGAUUGCUUUUUUGGAGAGAAUUACGCGCGGCAGUCGCGGGCGCGGAGGAGGACCGACGGAAAGGAGAAAGGAGGGGGAGAGGGAAACAGUGGAGAAGCCUCCAUGUUUCAGCUGCCCAUCUUGAAUUUCAGCCCCCAGCAGGUCGCCGGGGUCUGCGAGACCCUGGAGGAGAGCGGGGACGUGGAGCGCCUGGGCCGCUUCCUCUGGUCGCUGCCGGUGGCGCCGGCGGCCUGCGAGGUCCUCAACAAGAACGAGUCGGUGCUGAGGGCCCGGGCCGUCGUCGCCUUCCACACCGGUAAUUUCCGCGAACUGUACCACAUCUUGGAGAACCACAAGUUCACCAAAGAGUCGCACACGAAGCUGCAGGCGCUGUGGCUGGAGGCGCACUACCAGGAGGCGGAGAAGCUGCGGGGCCGCCCGCUGGGGCCGGUGGACAAGUACAGGGUGCGGAAGAAGUUCCCCCUGCCCAGAACCAUAUGGGAUGGGGAGCAGAAAACCCACUGCUUCAAAGAGAGAACCCGGCACUUAUUGAGAGAAUGGUAUUUGCAGGACCCCUACCCAAAUCCCAGUAAAAAGAGAGAGCUUGCACAGGCUACUGGACUUACACCCACACAAGUGGGAAACUGGUUCAAAAACCGCAGACAAAGAGACAGAGCGGCGGCUGCGAAAAACAGGCUACAGCAGCAGGUCCUGUCCGGUGGCUCGGUUCGCUCCCUGGCGGACGAGGACGGCACCGUGGACCGCCUGGGGAACUCGUCCAGUCCGGAGGCCAGUCUGUCCAGCAAAGCGGCCGCUUCGGCCAUCUCCAUCACCUCCAGUGACAGUGAAUGUGACAUCUGACGGGCAGAACGGAGGCUGAUGAGUGAAAGACAAUCUAGUGAAACAAGUAACAGUGCCUGCAUUGAGCUUAAAAGAAAAGAAACACACGCACACACACACAAAUACGCAUACACACACACACACAAACUGAUAUUUUGACGGCUGCCAAAACAUGGCGUGGGGAUCGGUGGUGUGCGUCGGACUUCCCACCCAUAUUCUUUUAGGCCUAUACUUUCAUUUGGGUGUUUACCCAUGUGUGGAUAACUGAAAAAGGACAAAACACAUUUCACGGACUAAUAAUGCUUUGAGAUGAAACGUAUAAAAAAGAAGACAAAUAAAAGAGUAAAAAAGAAAGAAAGGAAAAGGGAUGAGGUCAUCCAAACUCGCCUAACCUGCUGUUCUCUGUGGGUAUUUCAUGUUGAAAAGAACUGUGAUAUUUUUACUUUAAGGUUUUUUAAAUAAUGUUUAUUUGCUUAUUUAAAACGAUCUGCUCUACUGUCUCUUCGAGUUUCAUAUUCAUUUGCUUGGUGUUUUUACUACUUACCUUGUACACAGGUAAACCUGUUGAGCAUGCGCGCUUUAGUGAAAUUGUGUUUCAGCAAAAGAAAAAAUUAAAGAUAACUUAAUAAAAUUAUU